CCUGAGUGAAGGAGCGGCCCUGGCGGAGCGCGGGGAUAGCGGCGGGAGGGAGCGGAGCGGGCCCGGCCCGGCUCGGCGGGCGCUGCGGGCACGGCUGCCAUCGCUGCGGGCACAGCCUGGCGCUGCUGCCAUCCACCGCGGGCACUGCUGCCAUCCACCGCGGGCACUGCUGCCAUCCCCGCGGGCACUGCCUGCCGUAGCUGAGGAUACAGCUGCCACCAUCCCGGGCGCUGUCCUGCCCCGUCCGGAUGCGCGACUGCGGCGCUCCGGGGCUCCGCUGAGCGCGGCCGCGACAGGAUGCGGGGAGGCGUAUGAGGGAUAGGACGGGAUCAAGUGUAAUAUGACUGUAAAUGCAUAAACAGCACUGCAAUAGAAGUAAAGGUGGGUCAGGAGAGCUGUUUGUCACCUGUCACAUUUACAGGCCAUUGUGAACCCUUGGAACCGUGCGGUUCCCUGGUACGGGAAUGCAUUUCCCCUGAAAUAAAAGCAAAAAACGGAUCCUGCUCUGAGUAUUUUUAGUAGGAGCUGAUGAGACAUUUGUUAUGGAAAAAGAAAAAACAUUACGUAUUGGAUGCAAGAUUUGCAUAUAUGCAUAUGGGAAGAGCGCAUUUUGCGACAGAAAAAGGACAGCUCAGCUCGCAGGGGGUGAUGCUCUGCUCUCCAUAAACUGGGAGCAGGAACAGCCGCCCCGCUGGGCUGUGAGCCCAGCCCCGGGCAGCGCCGGGAUGUGCGCAGGCUGAGCUGCGGAUGGGGAUGAGCGCCUGACACUGCUCGGGAGCUCUGCGAGCACACCGUACCCUCAGAAUCACAUCGGGAGGAUUUUGUUUGUCACCAGCAUCUCCAGGACGUGGGGAUGUCUGCAUUGGAUAUAUCGUGUCUUGCAAAGCCAAAAGACUGGAGCUGUUUGAAGAUUAUGUAACAGUAGAAGUGCAGAUUCCCUUAGGAAAGAGGAAUAAUGGGACCAGGCAUUCAGGAAUAUCCCUUAUUACUGCACAGAGAGACACAGCAGAAGGAAAGCCACAACCACACCAAUGAAAACUACAAAGGAAUGGUAAAUAAUGGAAAAAGCCAUCCAAGCACCAAAGGACUAUAUAAACCAAUUUCUUAUGUGAAAUCACCUCCUGGAAGAUUAGGCAAAAAUGUAUCAAGUGCCAUUGAAAAGAUUUCCCAUGAUACUCAAGAUGGUUACCAACCAAAUGUUUAUAAGAAGGGAAGGAACCAGCUGGAUGGCAAUAAUCAGUCAAAAAGGAUCCCGAGUGUUUGCAGCUCACUGCACAGUGCACAAGGACCAAAGAGGAGUCCCCCAGAAAGAAGGCAAAACGAAUCCUUCCUGCACAGGAGUCCCCCAGAAAGAAGGCAAAACGAAUCCUUCCUGCACAGGAGUCCCCCAGAAAGAAGGCAAAAUGAAUCCUUGCUGCACAGGAGUCCCCCAGAAAGAAGGCAAAAUGAAUCCUUGCUGCACAGGAGUCCCCCAGAAAGAAGGCAAACUGAAUCCUUCCUGCACAGGAGUCCCCCAGAAAGAAGGCAAAAUGAAUCCUUCCUGCACAGGAGUCCCCCAGAAAGAAGGCAAAACGAAUCCUUCCUGCACAGGAGUCCCCCAGAAAGAAGGCAAACCGAAUCCUUCCUGCACAGGAGUCCCCCAGAAAGAAGGCAAAACGAAUCCUUCCUGCACAGGAUCCCCGCUGGCACGAAGGGCAGCACACAAGAAAACUUCUGUAGGGCUAAGGAUGUCCCAGUGCAGCAUUUUUAUUGCAGUAAAAAAGAACAGUUGGGGAGGAAUCAUGAAGAAUACAUGGCUGAAGCCAGUCCAGGCUCUUCAAAAUGGCAAGAAGCAUCUGUAGGUCAAAUGUUUCUUGAUUUUGAAUCGGUACAAAUUAUUAAAGAAGAUGCUGAAGAUGAUAGUGCCAGUGACCUCUCUGACUCAGAAAGGAUUCCCAUUCCCCCCUCUCCCUGCACUCCACCAGAACUCAUCCUCAGAGCUGAAGAAAUCGACCCACUUUGUUUGGAGCACAUCCCUGAAAUGGGAUUUAAAGAGUCUGAAUAUUACUACCCUGACUUCCUCCCACCCCCUUUCAAUUCUUGGGACUUGAAGCAGCUGGCCACCUUUGUCCACGUGGAAGGGAAAAGCGAUUUCCGCCCCAAGCCCACGGGAUCCCUGGAGAAGUUCAUGGAGCGCCUGCUGCAGCUGGAGUGGCUGCAGCUGCAGACGGUGCAGAGCGAGAGGGGCAAGGCCACCAAAGCCCGGCCCCAGACUGCCCCCGGCCCCAGCCGUGCCCUCAAGAGCCCCGGAAAAGGCAAAGCCUUGCUCAGCCCUGUGCCCAGCAGGCAGGCAGUGCCCCAGGACGGUGUAACCAGGCUGCCCAGGAGCUGUGUGGGUCACAGGGCAGAGCUGUGCCCUGAGCAGGCUCGCCAGGUGCAUUCCCAUCCGGGUCACCUGAAAGUUCCUGAGAGAAUGGGAUGUGCAGCAUCUUCUCAGAGGCAAACUGGUGAUGUAAGAAGUGAACUGAAAAAGAAACCAGCUGCAAAGCAGCAGCUUCUCAGUCUGCAGCCCUCCGAGAGCAGCUCUAAAAUCCAAAGUGUUGGUAACAUCAGACCCCCUAAACAAACCCCAGCGUUCCACGGUGCAGCUGCUCCCAUCAAAGGCUUAAAAACAUACAUGUGUACAAAUCCAAAGAAAAAUGGCAAUGCCAGCAGUUACGUUCCUCCUAAAAAACCAACAGCGGACAGGAAAAUAAAAACAAACGGCACAAAGCAAACGCCACGCAAAUUUUAGUGAGGGAAAAUUCAUUAGUGAAUGUUGAUGCUUCUUGCCUGCUAGAAAGCAUCUGGCCAGUGCAGAAUAAUUUUUUUUUUUCUUCAUAGGAAGAUCCUGAGAAAAAUGUUCCUGGUUUUCAGUCAGCACUGCUCAUUUCUAUAAAUUUCAUCUUAAGCCAGCAGGAAAUGUUUUCUCUGGAGGCAAAUGUCUUCCAUUGGUCUUUCCUCAAAAAUAUUUAUAAUUGCUCAAUGAAGAUAACAGUAGCACAGCGUGAAGUUUAGAGAAAUAUAGAAAACCCUGUCUGCACUAGCUGAGUGUUCCUUGUACUUACCGUGCUGGGUGUGAGAGAAUAGGGUCCAUGCUCUUUCUCCUUGCCCAGAUGUGCUUUUUGUAAGACAGGUUUGAUUUUGGUGUUUUUAUAAAAUAAUGGAGCAUGUUAUCUAUGCAAAGUCAACUCUAAUUCUUCACAGAAGAUGAUGAAUUGGAUUUUUUGGAGGAAAUGGGUAUUAUUUUUUUGAGAAGAAGAAGAAUGGAGAAAAUGUUUUGAAAUAUUUUAAUGCAGAAAGAAUUUUUUUUUAGACAAAGUGUUAGGGACUAGACAGCUUCAAUAAUGACAGAUUAAGAAAAUUGAAUGUGUAUUUUUAUACCCUGGAAUCUUCACUGUGUUUUGUUGAUAAUAGUGUUUACAGGCAGCUUUCCUGGAAGUUCAUUUUGUAGGCCUUGAUGCUUUUUGUCAUUUAGGGGAAAUGACCAGAUUUCAAAUUGCACAUGGAUAUAUUUGAGUGAUGCAAACUAAGGCUUUUAGCAGAGACUGUAUGGCCUAGUUUUCAGAACUGGUGGCCUCUCAAAACACAAAAACCAGACUCUUAAGGGAACAAUUUAAAGGGUUGUAAGUUCAAGUAAAGAUAUAUUUUGAUAUGGAAGAUACCUAUUUUUAGUCACCUGAGAUGACUCUUAUUUAUCCUGUGGUCCAGUCUAGCUUGGCUUCUUAAGGUUUAGGGAGGUGAGAUGGGGAAAUGUCCUGCAGAAAGAAAUUGUACAGCCAGGAUUGGGUCCUGUCCUUGGGCCUUCUGUCUUCUCUUGUGUCUGUGAGCUACAGGAGAGUACAAAGGACAGUUCUGAGAAUAUUCAAGUGUCACUUGAUGAAUUACAAUUUCAAAUCAGUCACAGCAGCUGGGGACAGGAUCUUGAUAAGGUGAAAUGCUAAAGAAUGUUUUUUACUUUCCCUUUGGAGUCCUGGUCAGUGUAUUUUCCUCCUCAGCCACCAGUCCCAAUCUUCAUGAGAAGUGAGCUGAGGUCUCAUGGGCCAGAUUCUGCAAGAGGAUCCUUCACAUGGUGAUAGAAAAUGAAAAAGUAGCAAAUACUAAAGAGUACAUUAUGUAUAUAGCUAAAUUGCACUUCUCUUGGUGAGCUCAUCUUGGUUUUAAGAUGCUUAGCUGUUUCUAUCUUUCAUUGUGCCUACCAGAUCUUCAGCUUUGUACAAUUUCAAAGCAUGAAUUUAUAUGUAGUUUGAAAAGUGAGACUAUUAAGAAAUGUAGUAAUAGAGUAUUUUACAGUACAUAAAAAACGUUGCUCAGGAAUAGUAUAAGAAAUAUUUUUAGUGGUUUUUUUUUCCAAGUCUACUGGAGACCAAAUGUGAAAUUUUGAAUUGGUAAAGGAAAUGAAUGUAAUAGACAGUAUUACAUGUCCAGAAUCAGUAUUUGUAAAGUUACACUUAAUAUGAAUUGUAGUUGCAUGUACAGUCUGCUCUAUGCAAUUCAAGUGAAACUUAAUCUGAGAUGCUCAAAGACCAGAGAAGGUGGCUGUGUCAGAGGAGUGGAGGAACUCAGGAUGGGACUGAACACCAGCAGCUGCAGAGGACCAGCACAUCCCAGUGUUGCUGUUUCACCCUUUUGUUUUGGUCCAGCCUCUUGUAUUUCAGCUUCUUUAGAUGAAAGGUUCCCGAACCCAGUGCUAGUAUUUCAGCUCUGGCCAAAUUCUGCAAGCCUGCCUUAGCCAAGUUUUCCUGAUUCACACGAACAGUAGUGAAAAAUAAGAGAGCUGCUUUGCCAAUAAUCAGGAUUUUAAUGCACUGUUCUAGUUCACUGUUACAAGCACAAAACCUGAGGUGAGCAGGAUCCAGGCAAUAAUCAGAAUAAUAGUUUUAAAAAAAUGCUGUUAGAUGCAGUAAAUAAUUUAGCAUGUUAUACCACUGAAUAUUGCUGGAUGCUAAAUUUUCUAAAUUGAAGCUUUCUUGGGUUGUAAGGAGGGCAGGUAGAUACAGGCACAUGUUGCACGAUCACUUCUCUAAGAAUAAAUAAACCCCAUUUCAACCAGCUGGGACCAGAGCAAAGGUGAUUGGCACUGGGAAAAGUCUAUUGUCAUAGAGGUAGGAAAGUUUUAAUGUAGUUUUUGUCAUCUUAUGGACACCAGUCUGUCAUUGGAGACUAAAAAGGGAAGCAGAAGUCUGAAAACUUGUUCAUCACUGGGCUCCACGUAGGUUUGUCCCAUGUGAUAAUCACACCAGUCUAAUUUCUGUCAUUGAUUUGAUACUUCUGGCACGCUUGUCUUUGUUCAUUCACAGAAACAGCAAUUCUGUGUUUGCCUCAGCAAAGAGCUCUUGGCCUGAGCAGACCUGCAAGGGCUGGGUUUUAUCCUGUUUCCAUUUUAACUUCACCAUGUUUUGGGCCCACAGAAGAAAAGAGCUCCUUUUGUGGAGAGGACUAUGGUUUAUAUUUCCUUAAUUUUGUAUUACUGAAUAUUGUCCUUAGAAGCACUUCUGAACAGAGAAAAAAUUUAUUCCCUCACAUUCAGUUUAAAAUUAGUUACUUAAGAUACUUCCACAGCACCAUUUUAUGUGUUUAUUAGCCAUUUUUUUUUUACAAGGUUUAGCAAUAUGAUCAUGUGGAUCUAAGCCUAGCACUGGUGAUGCUUCUUGAAGAACAGAUUACUGUGAUGUGAGAUAUUUCAACAGAGUGAUUUAUUUUUUUUGCUAGAGAAUGUAAAGGUUUAAUGUUCUGCAGUAUUACCUACAGAACAAAUCUGCUCAGGUUGUAUUUCAAAUAAACAUCCAGACUCUGCUUCAGUUGCAUGAGUAUAAACUUUGAACAAUUCAGUUAUUUCCAGUGAAAUGACCCUGUUAGAAGAUGUGAAGAAACAGAAUUUCACUCCAAUAUGUAUAAAGUGUUUUCCUUAGUAAUGCUAAUGUAUUCUUAAUGCAUCACAUGAGGAAAUUUGAAGCAAUAUUGUUUUUCUCUUGCCAUGUUCCUUUUUUUUCUCCAUUGCUUGCAUCUCAUACUGAGGGCAGUGAUUUUCCCACCUCAUUUUCAGUUGGAUAAAGCAGGAUAUUGCUGCAGGGAGAGUUGUGCUGAUUCCAUUUGACUCCAGACUCAGAUCUGCCCUCAUCCUGUCACUGUUAGAGUCCUUUUUGUGUUUCAUUCGUUGUUGUUUGAGGUAACUUUGACAUUGUAUUUACUGUUUAAAGGAUCUUGUUAGAGUUCUGAGAGAAUUUUGACAUUUUUUUUCAGCCAGUAUGUGCUUUUUUGGAGCUGAUACAUAAAAUUUCUACAGUGUGAAAUUGCCUAGAAUGCACUAUUUUUUGUCUUAUUUUAAAGGUAUUGAGCCUUUGUUGCUCCCAUUGCAUUAGUGGUUUUUCAUCUGAAAAAUAAACAGACCACACUGGAAAGGACUGAACUUGAUUAACUGAGGAUUUGCAGACCAGCUUUUGAUGUUGGUAUUAAUGUAUUCUUAUUUAUUUGAACUUUUUGUGGAUAUUUUUGCUAGUAAUUCCUUGGGAAAGUGAUCUUGUCAUUCAAAGGUCCCGUAUAUUUGCUACAAUAAAAGUGAGGCACUGC